AUGACUGUUGAUAGAUUUUCCCUAGGUGGGAGCACGAACAGCGUUGCUUACAGGGUACCCAAGUGGAGGGUGCCGGACUUGAUCCUGCUGGUCGUUGUCCUGCUAGUAAACCUACCAGUUUACUUUUUGCCUCCCUUUGAACGGCAGUUCUACGUCAAUGAUCUGACUAUAAGCCACCCCUACGCACUACAUCAACGUGUUGAUGACACUAUGCUUUUUUUCUACUCUUUGGUGCUUCCCUGCGGUGUGAUUUGUGCGGUUUGGUCCCUGCUCUGCGACAGAAGACACAGGUGGUACGUGCUGUAUGUAUCGCUGCUAGGUUUGUUUCUGUCCAUCUUCACUACAUCGCUUCUUACCAACUUCUUAAAAAACUGGUUUGGUAGACUGAGGCCCGACUUCAUCGACCGUUGCCAGCCGAGACCAAACCUUCCCAUAAACGUGCUGUUGCACGCCUCUGAGGCCUGUACCAACGAUAACAAGGAUGUCCUCUUGGAGGGAUUCAGAACCACACCCUCAGGGCACGCCAGCGAGAGUUUUGCCGGACUUGGCUAUUUGUAUCUGUGGCUCUGCGGUCAAUUGCUCACUGAGCAUGCCCAAGUGGGCCUUUGGAGAAAAUUCGUUGCCGCAAUACCCUUAUUGGGGGCCUCUCUGAUUGCUUUGUCAAGGACUCAGGAUUAUAGACACCAUUUUGUCGAUAUUCUCAUCGGAUCGAUCAUCGGGUACAUUUCUGCCUACGUUUUCUACAGAAAGAACUUUCCACCAAUAGCCAACCAAGUUCCAUUCAAACCUCUACUGGACGACUCGGAUGUCACAUUCGAUAUCGCCCCUAACGGGUCGAUCUACAACGGCAACAACACAAAUUACCGUCCCGUAAGAGCGCAACCGGUCGACGAAGAGAUGGGCCACAUAGAUACUACAAACACUACCCUUUAG